AUGGUGCAGAUCCGACUGGAGCCAGACGAAUUCAGCAUGAGCCCGUCGAUCGCUGCGCUGGGAGACAGCGAAGGCUGGCCUGUGGCCCUCACACUGUUGGGCGGCAUGACGACGCGUGGCUUUGAGGCCUCGGCCUUUCCACGCAAUGCGGCACUGGCCCGACUGGAGGAUAGCAGUCAGUGGCAGACGGCCACCGCCAUGCUCGAGGCUGGCUGGCGCAGGAGGAGCUCGCCGGAUGUGCUGGCCUGCAAUUCUGCCAUCAGCAGUUGCAGUCGAGCUGGGGAGGCCCAGCAGGCCAGGAGACUUCUGGACAGGAUGCCAGAGAUGCGCCUGGCUCCGGACACCGUCAGCGUCAAUGCUGCGCUGGCGAGUGCAGACUGGUCUGAGGCACUCGAGCUGCUGUCCUUCAUGUCCGACCAUGAUCUCCAAGUGGAUGCCUUUACAAUCAGCACCUCCAUCCGUGCCUCAGCAGGAGAGCGAGGUCGGCAGCUCUUCCGGGAGCUGUCUCAGCGUGGAGUGGAGCUGAACCAGGUUGCAUACAAUGCCGCAAUCGGGGCCUGUGCAUCCGGCGGGCGCUGGCAGGAAGCCGGUUCGCUCCUCCAGGAGAUGGAUGAGGUUGCCGUCGUCCCAGACAUGAUCAGCUUCAACUCUGCUGUGGAUGUCUGCGAAAAGGGUGGGCAGUGGCAGAUGGCUCUGCUCCUCUUGGCGGUUGCUGAGCAGCGCAUGCUGCGCCUGGAUGCCGUGGGUGCCAAUUCAGCGCUGAGCUCUUGCGAGAAGUGUGGGCAGCUCGGCUCCUCACUGCGGCUGCUGGCCAGGAUGGUGCGUCUGCGCUUGAGUAACGAGAUAAGCUACACUUGCGCCAUUGGCUCCUGUGAGAAGUCUGGUGACUGGCAGCUGGCCCUCCAUCUUCUGGAGGGUUUGGGAUGUACAUGGAAGCAGUGUACCUUUACUCUUGCUGCCUUUGCGACAUCAAGUACAGUAGACAAUCUUGUGACUGCUAGGCACAUGUGUCCAAACAAACCCGUAAAACCCGAACAGACGCUCCCCCCGCCUGUGGAGCAGCUGGAUCAUCCCAUGGCCUUGCCUGCCAUCCACCCGGCCGUCUUCCCCGGGCUCUUCAUCAGCGAUGCGGAGGCCGCUGCCCAGUACGCCGAGCUACGCUCGAAAGGCAUCACGCACGUGGCCGUGGUGGCACGAAGCUGCAAGGCCCAUUUCCCUGGAGCCUUCCGAUACCUCACCGUGGAUUUGCUGGAUGAUGGAACAGACAAUCUACUUCCCCACCUGAACCGUUGCUUCGCCUUCCUAGACGAAGCCUUCCAUGCUCAUGGCCGGGUGCUGGUCCACUGCUUGGCCGGUCAAAGCCGCUCUGCUUCCAUCGUCACCGCUUAUUUGAUGCGUACCUGGCACUUGCCUUUCAGCCUGGCGCUGCAGAUCUUCAAGGCAACGUAUCCCAAUGCCUCGCCGGCAGAGAACUUCUGUGAGCAGCUCCAGGUCUUUGAGGCAGCUGGCUUCAGCCUUGAUGAGGAUGGGCAAGUGCCGGAGGCCCAUCAGAAAGUCAGAGCAGCGGUGCCAGAGGAAUUAUGGCGCACUGCUCUGAUAGAUUUGUAUACACGGGACGGGAUGAGCAAUGCCUGCGCGGUGGAGAAUGCCACCGAGUGCCCAUUUACGAAAGCACUUAGCCCGGAGCUCGCCUUGGCUCUGCAUCGGGAGCUUAUCCUCAGCUUGGGUGUCCGACGAAAGGAUGUCGUAAGGCCAUCGUCCGUAUGCUGCUGCAUGAAAUGCCAGAAGCCUUUGUUUUCCAGCGCCCACGUGCUACAUGAGUGUGCCAGCGGACACUUUGUAGAACCGAUGCAGUGGAUGAACACCUCUGCUUCGGAGGGCAAGCUGAGCUGCGACUGCGGUGCCAAGUUGGGGGGCUUCUCGUGGACUGGGCAAUCCUGUGGCUGCGGCGAGUGGAGGGCACCGGUUUUCUGCAUUCAGAAUAAGAAAGUGGAGUGGAGAAAGAUCGGCUCCAGAGAGGUCCCGCAACCUCAAUUCUCGCCUGACGACGAUUAA